AUGCUGGCACUGAGAGACCAGGAGAACCUGGUGCACACGCACCAGACGACCGCCGCCGCAAAACCGCUAAAUCAGGGAACUAAACAGUUGCAGCCCAAGACGCCAGGCACGCGAGCUCCCAGAACUCCUUUCAAGGUUCCGUUGAACGACGAAAACAACCCACUGGCUUUUGGAAAGAAGUCCGUAAAGGGCAAUGGAAAACGGAAUGAUGGUCUCAAGCCGGCCAGGGACGCUUUUGUUACUCCAUUGGAAACCAGACACCGCGCUCCUCUAGGUAUGAAAACUACAAACGCCAAGGCAAAAGGUCCGCAGACUCCAGCACCCCCUGCCGAGACCAUCAAGCGCGACAGGACAAACAAAAGAACGUCCACGACUCAGAAAAUUAAGAAAGCUGCUCCAUUCGCCAAGAAGAGUCAGGCAGAUGUCCAGGAUAAAGCCUCUAAGGAUGAUGUACCUGAUAUUGAAUAUAUGCCGCCAAAGCCUAAAGAACUCCCCGAUAUCCCUGAUGAGAUUACAUAUGACACGACGUUUCCCCAGUUCCAACCAAAGAAUAUGGCACUGGGAUUGGAGAGCGUAUACGGCGAUAAUGAGGUAGGAAGCGACGGUCUUACCAAGAAGCAACGCAAGUACAAGGAAGACUCUAUUGCGUACGACAGGAUGAUGGACGAAAUGAUUUUGAAGCAAGUUGCCAGCGUGAGUUUUUCGGAUUUCUAUGAUCACGAUGACUUUGGGGGAUCUGUUGUAGAAGAGAUCCCGGCUUCGCGAAACGGGGAGGGACGUGUUGAAAACCGUAUCAAUCACAAUGCGCCGCAGACAAGACCCGCCAGCAGUGCUUCAACCAUCAGAUCUCGCCAGGCAGCAGCAGCUCUUUCUGGGGCGAAGCCUUCCAGCAUACGGGCAAGGCCGGCAUCUGCGCAACUGUCGAAGCCAAAGGCAUCCUCACUGUUUCCUUCAGAGCAUACUAGGACCCCUAGCAACCCAUCCACAAUGCGUCACACCGCAGCUGUCGCUAGUUCAAGGACCACAGUUGGAUACUCCAGGGGCAGAAGUAUGGCAUCAGCCCUCCAUGGAAAAGCAUCCGUCGCCAAGAAACAGACGACCUCUACGGAAGCGCUCUCACCAGAAGCGUACAUGCGGUUGUACGGCCCGCCUCCUUUCGGCAGUGAGAUGUGGAUUCGCUGCAAGGCUGCAGGCUGCUUCGACGAGGAAAGCAAUCGGGAGGCCGCAAAUGAGGAAGAUCUUCCGACAUUUGGGGAAGACGAGGAAGCCGAGAACUUCCAGUUGAUGCUUUGA